AUGUGGACCACAGUGGCAGAAAGCCCCACGUCUCACCUGGACACAGCCAGGGAGCCCCGCACCAGCCCCCUCCCAUCCUCCACGGCAUGGCCUGGAGCGGGACACGUCUCAUCUGGCAGAGCAGGGUACCCAGAGCCCAAUGUCACCCUUUCAUCCAGGGUCUCCACCUACUUCUCAGCCACCGGUGAACUGUCCAGCUUUUCAAGUAGCCAUCAGCCAGUCAGUAGCAUCGACGCUGAUAAAAGGACCUCGGUUUCUCAUACAGAUGGCACAUACAUUUCAACCACAUAUACCAGAGGAGGAGAAAGGACCCUCUUAUCCAUCUCGAAUAGCAGCACCUCUGCUGACUCCUCAGAAAGCUCCACCUUUUUUUCCGAAAUUUCCAACCCUUCUGAUUCAUCGAAAUCUUUGGUGGCACAGGACAGGAGGAGCAACGUAUCCACCGAUGGCGGUUUUGUUGAACCAUCUACAGAGCCAUUGCUGGUACACUCUUCUGAACUGUUGACUUCUGCUUCUGCAGGCAGCAUUCAAAAUACAACUGUAUUCAACACUGACUCCGAGUUGUUGACCACUGGCAGAUCAUCUCUAUCUUCAUCGGCCUUUCCAGCCUCUUCCUCACUGUCCUCGCUGCAUCACUUGCUGUCAUCAACACCACCACCAACUUACCCGUUUACAUCAUCAGGAUCAUCUGAGCCCCUCUCGUCCUCUUCCAACGACAGCAAUCAAGCAAGCACCUCUAUGGCUACGCCUGUGGUCAGGCAGGUGCCCUCCACAGCUGCUGUGGCUGGGAGUUUGCCCAGAGGGACCAGCAAGCACAGUGUCACACACCACCCCCAAAAAAGCACCACCUUCACCUCCACCGGGUCUCCUGUCCCUACUGCACCCAUGGAGCAGCUUGGUGGACGCAUCAUGUCCGUGCCCGCUCCCACGACGGUAACAGAGACCACCUCACCAAGAGCUGCCACCGCCCAGGGGGGCACCUUCGGGAAGGCAACGCCACUGCUCACCACAGCCAGCGAUGCCCCACAGGCUGGGCCGACGGAUGCACCCCUUAGUCCCUCACCAAGUGCAACAGACCAUAGCGUCAUCAUCCCUGUGGUGGCACUGACCACGGCGAAACCUCCUGUGCUGACAACACCGGCCAGUCACCGGCCAACCCCAGGUGAUGCUAGCACUGUGAAAGCCCACAGAGCUCAAACGCCCACUGCCACUAAGCACGUGUAUACCACUGGUGAAAGCACAGAAGCUGUGGAUCCCACCACUGCAAGGCCUGCUAAGGGUUUAGCGAUCAAGCUGAACUUCUGGAAGAAGGUGAGCGUCUUGGUGAACAUUUCUGAUAGAAAAGUUAAGCUGAAAUUUGAGAGAUUUAAGAAAAUGAAGCUGACUGGCUUUCUAGAUGUGGAUAAAUGUCUUUCCAACCCUUGUCCUGCGCUGGCCACCUGCAACAACACCCAUGGCUCCUAUAUCUGUCUGUGUCCUCUUGGAUAUGAGCUGGAAAAAGGGAAGUGCAAUUUAGUAAGAAUAUUUAUUGGCCAGGUCCCCCUGAAACUUAAUAUUACCCAUGGGAAGUACUCAGAGCUCCUCCAUGUCGAGGGUGAAAUCCUGGCAAUGCUCGAUGCAUCACUGUCCGGCUUGCCAGGGUACCGCCACUCCACAGUUAAGGCGACUAGGGAGGCAAAUUUUGUGCAUGUUUCAGUGCAAUCCACGUUCUCUUUAGCAUCCAAUGUGACUUUCUAUGACGUUGUCAGCAGCGUGAAAAGCUACAUUCGAGCUUGCAAAUCUCCCACCGAAGCCUGCCAGUUCAUCUCCAGCCUGAAACCGCUCCACAGAGUUGGCAGCUUGUGCAAGCAGAAAGACCCCGAGUGCGACAAGGAAACUUCUGAAUGCACCGACUUCGAUGGGAUCGCGCUCUGCCAGUGCAAAAGUGGGUACUUCAAGUACAACAAGAUGGACCACUCCUGCAGAGCCUGUGAAGAUGGAUAUAAGCUGGAAAAUGAGACCUGCGUGAGCUGCCCGUUUGGCUUAGGUGGAUUCAACUGUGGGAACCCCUACCAGCUCAUCACUGUGGUGAUCGCGGCUGCAGGAGGGGGGCUUCUGCUGAUCAUGGGCAUAGCACUGAUUGUCACCUGCUGCCGGAAGAAUAAAAAUGACAUAAGUAAACUCAUUUUCAAGAGUGGAGAUUUCCAGAUGUCACCGUAUGCUGAAUAUCCGAAGAACCCACGGGCACAGGAGUGGGGCAGAGAAGCCAUCGAGAUGCAGGAGAAUGGAAGCACCAAGAACCUGUUGCAGAUGACAGAUGUGUAUUAUUCGCCAACUGGACUGAGAAAUGCUGAACUGGAAAGAAACGGACUUUAUCCUCCUUACACUGGUUUGCCUGGGUCUCGACAUUCAUGCAUCUACCCUGGACAAUACAAUCCAUCCUUCAUUAGUGACGAAACCAGAAGAAGAGACUAUUUUUAG